AUGCUACAAAUUGCGACAACAUGGGAUCAAUCGAACUAUUGGGUGCCCGGCGGAGUGAUGCUGACUAUGCUCGGGUUCCUCUUCGCUGUCGUCUUCGAAUGUCAAAAUCCAUUCUGGGAUUCUGCUCUGUGGUACGCUUUCGGUAUUUUUGACAUCGUUAGCGACAUCUACUCGAUCACGGUUGUGAUGAUGGUCAGCAAGGAUCUCAAUCUUCGGACUGACAGCAAGAUCAAGCUCCUGGUCAUUCUUGGCUCAAAGUUCUUACCUGUAGCUUGCGCGAUAGCUCGACUACCAUUUAUCCAUGCCGCGUACACGUCCGAGAACUACACCAUUGCCCUAUACAGACUAAGCAUGCCAACACAGAUCCAGCUACAUCUGUCAGUCGUAUCACUUUCCCUUGGGAGAAUCUUCCGCUUCCUCGCUGCUCUCGACGUUGGCUACCUCGCCUCAUCGAUAGAACCAACCACUGCAAAAGGAUCCAGAAGUCGGUCACAAACAGCCAGAUACGGAACUUAUGGGAAAGCCAGCAAGAACCAAAUCUCUCAACUCUCUCAAAAGCGGAGUAUCAGCGACCACGAGAGCAGUAAAGGUCUUGUACUUGGUCGUGAAUGGAAUCGUCUGGACGGUGAUAUACCACUCGAGUCUCAGCAGUCGAACACACAGAUAAGCGCUCAGUGGACGCCCAAAUCGGCAGACGCAGCCACGAUUGGCGAAAGAGAAAUUAGAGUUACGAAAACAAUAGAAGUGACGAGGACUUGA